UAAACAGUUAUGCAAUGGGGUUUCUAUAGUGAAUUCAAACCUUCUGCCUUCCUGUUGGAAACAAGCUUCUAGGUGCAAGGAAUGUGUAGGGCCUACCCACAGGACUAGAAAAUAGCUUGCAUAUCGGAAGGCUUUGAAAAACCUUCAUGGUGCGUACAGUUCAAUGCCUCUUCAACAGCUGCUCCACCUUGGCCAGGAAAAUGUCACUCAGAAUGGACCAACUUAAAUCUGAUGCAAACCCCAUUGUUCUGCUUUUAUACCUUGUCCCCUUUGUUGCAUGAAGAUCGUUGUCUGGUAAAGUGACAUUAGAUCAAGCAGAUCUUUUACCAGCAUGCCUGUACCGUUGUCCAGCAAUUCCUGCUCCUUUUCGACCACCUGAGAAGGACGGUAAACUGUAAUACAAAUCCACUACGUUAUCUUUUUCAGCUCCUCGGACACCUUCCUUAGCCAUUGAAAAAUGACUUCCAAUGAAUUCGUGACGAUGGAGCAAGGUGGUCCUCUGCCCUAAAAGCACUUCUAUACGUUUUGUACACUGCAGGAAAAGAAAAAAAUUAAUAUCGACUGACAGCGUGUGUGAUGGGGCAAAUUGUUGGCAUUCAUCCUGACCCUUCUCCAAGAGGAACAGCCUGUCUUGGGGAAAUUCGCUGUGGCAGAUGUCGGAGCACCAUAAGCAGCGCAAGUUGAUGCGGUCUUUGCCCCGCCAGGUCACUUCAGCCCUUCAGGCAGAUAUGCUCUGGAAUAUGGGAAUCAAAGGUGGUGCCGUGAAAGUUGCAGUGUUCGAUACAGGGCUUCCACGGAACCAUCCUCACUUCAAGAGAGUCAGAAAACGCACCAACUGGACUAAUGAGAAGACGCUUAAUGAUGCAUGUCAUAGGCAGGAUUACGUGCCACACACAAGCUUUUCGCUUCGCUAUAAGGGAUGCACCGCAGGCAGCGAAAGAAGAUGCUCAUCAUGAAAUGAUACGCACUCAUGAGACUGGCUCGGUAUUAGGAAUUCAACGCAUCGCAGUGCAGACAUACAGCAUGGGAGACCACAGGCUGCAUCUCCUGCGGUAUCUUCUUCAGAGGAACUCGACUGUGAACAUGAACUGUAUGCGAGCCAUCAUGUUGUCAAGUCUGCUGACACAUGUCGAUGAACAGCAUGAAAGCCCACACCUUGCCCUUUCUAUAGAAACUUCUUCUGAAGAGCUUGAUUGCGAUCUGGAUCAAGGCCAUGCCAGCCAUCAUGUGUUGCAGCCUGCUGACACAGGAUCAGAGGAGCAUUUCAGUCUGGACGAACAGCAUAGAAGCCGACAGCUUGCCCUUCCUGGUGAAACUUCUUUGGAGGACGUAGGCAGCGAACAGGAACCUUGUCCCACCCAUCACGUUGCUCUCCCUGCUGAAAUGCAUUUAGAGGAGGUUUAUUCAUGUUCAAGCAGUGAAGAAGCAAGGUGUGCUGACCAAGGUGCUCAUAAUUCUGCUUCUUCAACCAGUGAUGUGGAACAGUAUUUCUCGGAUGACGGAGCCCAUGAGAAAAGCCACCCUUUUGACAGUGACAGCCUGAAUGUAAAGGUGUGAAACUGUGUGUCAACAACUGUUGUGGAUGUGUUGGUGUUAGCCUUAGCACAUGUCAGUGGACACAAGUCGACGACAGCUGCACUGCUUGACCUUUUACUGCUUAUCAACACCAUCUUCCAGAGCAGCAUCUUGCCGCAGUAUUUGUUCAGGAAAGUGUUCCCCGUAGAAGCCGAGCAAGUAUCACAUCACCUAUAUGGUUCAGAGUGUUCACUUAAUCUUGGACGUAAGACCAGCACCACACGUAAAAAGGUCAAGUGUACCAACUGCAACACCCAAUGGAACUCGAAUGAUAUACCUUCACUGAUCAUGCUGCCUCUAGGUCCCCUGAUUUGAUUUCUUUUGGAGAACAAUCCCUCAAUACAGCAGCAUUUGAGUUACAGAACAGACCGAACAAAAAGCAAAAAGACUAGCUUUGAUGAUAUCCUGGAUGGUGCAAAGUACAAAAGCCUGUCUCAGCCCGGACAGUUCUUGUCGUCUCCUAAUAACUUUUCGUACACUUUUAACACUGAUGGGGCACAGGUGUUUAAGUCUGCCAAAACCUCCGCCUGGCCCAUUCAUGUCAUGAUAAACGAGUUGCCUCCCCGUGUUAGGCAAAAGCAUACAGUAAACCCUCGUUAACUCGAACUCGCUUAUCUCGAAAUAUCGGUUAUCUCGAAUAUUUUUUGCGUCCCGAUCCAUGUCCCAAUGCUUCCUAUAUAUUUGGGCCCUUUUAAGUCGAAGCCUUUUUUUGCCCAAGUACGGAUAUCUCGAAAUCCCAUCACCGGUAGGUCAGCGUACCUACGACUGAUAACGUGCAUUCUUCGGUCCUCCAGGCUAGGUCAAGGUCAAAGCCUUUCAGUCCUAGUGACUCGCGCCUCACGCGCCGCUAGCUGUGGCACGCAGACACAACUCCCCUUUCCACCCAACGUCACUCCUCCUCCUCCUCCUCUGCAUUCGUCCGAGCUUCUCUUCGUUUUGUUCUUCGCGGUGCCAUGAUGGCUGAACAACACGCAUGAAAGUACGGAAGGUGGCACUUAUCAAAGGCCUGGUAGCAAGUUCAUCAAGCCAAUAGCAUGAACUGUUUCAUUCAUGCGGGUUUCUGGUCUUCCAUCGCCGUACCGGAGCCAGCAGACUAGUUCAGUGGCUGUGAUGAAUUGUGCAACGACGCGAUGCGCCACGCAUGGAGAGUGACUUAGGACUUGAACAUCGAGGACUAUGCGCUUUACGACGGCGAUGUUCCAGUAGCGGUGAACUGAGUGAUACAGAAAUCGUCGAGAGUGCCCGCGGUAGUGACGUGCCGGGAGGAGCGUCUCAUGCGUUGCAUUGAAGUGCUUGAAGAUGCUUUCUUGUUCACAGGCGCAAAUGCCAAGCAGAUUGCUAUUACAGAGUUAUUCAGUCUCAGAUGAUGUUAAAAAAUAAAUGGCUUCGGAAUUGUUUACGAGCCCUAUUACUGUAGGAAUGCUUUUUUUUUUUUUAUGUUUCACAACAUAGUGCAUUGUAGUAACAUCGUGGCAACGUAAUUUUCGCUGUUCGCUUAACUCGAAACCCCGCUUAUCUUGAAAUUUUUUCGGGUUUUUACGACUUAGAGUUAUCGUGGGUUUACUGUAUGCUUGUAGCAGGGCUCUGGUGUGGAAAAGGAAAGCCAGAUAUGAACAUGUUUCUUGGACUCUUUGUCAAUAAUGCCAAAAAGAUAUUUGAUGGUGUGAAGUGGAAAAACAACUCUCGAACUGUUGUUAGGAGCAGAUUUGUUGGGCUGUGCUGCUGUGUCGAUUCUGUUGCAUGAGCACCCAUGCAGAACCAUGUUGGAUUUCAUGGUUACUUCGGCUGCAGCUGGUGUUAUCAUAAAGGUGAAUACCACACUUCGGCAAUGAGGUUCCCCAUCACCAUCGACACGCCUAUGGAGCGAACAGAUGACAUGGCUAUAAGAGAAAUGCAGCACUCAUUGAAAGAGAAGCGGCAUCCUGUAUGUGGUUUUAAAGUUCCAGCAGCGUUAAUUAACGUGCCACAUUUUGGAAUAGUGUCAGGAUUUGUCCCAGAUUAUAUGCAUGCUGUACUUCUGGGUAUGUAAGGACAAUCACAGGACUAUGGCUGUCAGAAGCAAAAGAGAGGUUUUACAUUGGGAAGAAAUCGACAACACAAAGCACGGGGCUGUUCACAGCUUUAGUGACAUGACAUUGACUUUACCUGCAUCCUGUACGAGUUCCAGGCGAAUAUUCUUAGGGGUACUAUGUAUCAUUCUGCAGACUACACUAGGUCUAGGCAUAGGAACAACCGGACAGUUUGUCUGACGAAUGGUAUCUAUGCUGAGUUACUGCGCAUAUGCAUUUACAGAAGUGAUGGUGAGAUGUUCUGAUCCUUUUAGAAUACACUGACCUUCGUGAGUUCUAUUCUCCCCACCUGAGAGUUUGUGCUCUUUCGAAACAAAUUAGGGUGCAUGCUCCUGAACGUUUGGCGUACAGGUGCAUGUACAUGUCAUUAAGAGUUUGUGGUUGGUAAGCUGCCGAACAAAGUUGAGUAUGAAUAAUGUUACCUACAUUGAAAGCUACUUUUAAAUAGGUCAUUCAACUUUGCAGUUCAUAACUAAAUAUUGCCCAUGAUGGGAAACAACAACAACAACUUUAUUUUCGACCUUGGAGAGUGGGGAGUUUCAUCGCCACAGGCAAUACUCUACCCCAUUACUGGAUGGAAUGGGGGGAAUAAAGUAACGAGCCCCUUCACAAUAACGAUCGAAGUCCGAUGGUGUCCAGAAAUGUCAGAAGAGCUUUGAGCGCAGAGCGUUGCUGGGCUGGAUUGGGCCAGGGACCAAGCAAUUUCGAUAGGGAGAAAGGGCGAGAGUCCAGCUGACGAAGAGACUCGGAGAGUGUGGUUCGGAAAGGUUCGUAGUGAGGGCAAUGAAGAAGAAUGUGCUCCAGAUCCUCAAGAGCACCACAGUGGCAGCAGGUGGGAGAGUCAACUUGUCUCAAGCGGUAACGCCACUGAGCUGUAAAGGCCACAUCGAGGCGCAUUCGGUGGAUUAAUGCAGCAUCUUGACGAGAGGUGUUUCGUGGCAUGCGGAAAGCGAGCGUGGGAUCAACUCUGUUCAACAUAGAGGGGGAAAGAAUGUCGGUUGUCCGUUGGCGGGAAGCCAGGGGUGUCACUAGGCGUCGCAGAAUUGAACGGCGGUCUCCUCUCAGGAGAAAAAUGCGGGUCCGUUGCCGAUACGAGAGUGCUGCUUCUGCGGCGCUGUCGGCCUGCUCGUUCCCCACGACACCACAUUGGGCUGGAACCCACUGGAGAACUAGCCUGUGGCCUGCGGCGUAGAUAGUGUGGUAAGCCAUUAACACGUCUGUGACUAGGGGU